UGUAUUUGAAAAGGAUCCCAAUGGAGUUGAUUCCACUGUGAGUUCUAACCACCGGACCAGAAAUCUCCUGGAGUUCUCGGCUGGUCAGGAGUCCAACACAGCUCAGAAAAUACCUGAGGGCAUCAUUCCUGAGAAGAGUGAUAGGUAUGACCAUUCUGUAUCUGAUAACAAAGCACUAAUGAUAGUCUCAGAAGAACCACUGUUAUAUAUUUCACCACCGCCGCCCCCCUGCCGGCCUCUGAUCAACCGGACAGAGUCACUGAGGCUGACCCACGAGCUGCGAGGAUGGGUUCACAGGCACGAGGUGGAGCGAACGAGGUCGCGAAGGCUGUCCAACAGCCAGCAGCAGAAAGCUCGAGUCACACAGAGCUCCCUCAGUGACAAAGCAGAUUCCCAGCUAAUGGCCAUGCCUUACACAGACACCAGUCUCAGCAGGAACUCAGGGAAUGAGCUGCAAGUGUAUUACGCCUCUCCGAGGAGCUAUCAAGACUUUUUUGAAGCAAUUCACCGAAGGGAGGAUACGUUCUACGUGGUGUCAUUCCGCAGAGACCACCUGUUACUGCCAGCCACCACCCAUAACAAGACCAGGAGACCAAAGAUGUCUAUAGUGCUGCCAGCUGUAAACGUCAGUGACAACGUGAUCAAUGGGCAGGACUACGAGGUGAUGAUGCAGAUUGACUGCGAAGUGAUGGACACCAGGAUCCUCCACAUCAAAAGUUCCUCAGUCCCUCCUUACCUCCGACAGCAGCGCAGGAAUCACACCGACACCUUCUACAGCUCCUCCCCCUCCGUCCCAGAGACKCCCCACGCCCUGAGGACCAUUGUCAAGUCCCUGCAGUAGCUCUUGUGACAGCGCACAGGAGAGCGAGCACCCGGCAUGCAGCAGGUCCUGCCGCCAGCCCUGCAGGGCCCUGCAGCUCCUGGCACAUGGACACAGCAGGGACAGUYCCCUUCAGCCCGUUCCUGUGCCUGACCCUACUCCAUGGCUGCAUCCUGCCCGGGGUUGUGCAGCUCAGCUGGCCCCUCGCCAGGGAAAGUCCUGGGGGCCCAAUGCAGCAUGGGGGGACACGGGCCAUCCUUGCUACUUAUGCACUGUCCAGAAUUGUGGGUUGUUUUUCAUUUUGGUCCCUGUUAGGCUGCCUGCGGUGGGGUGCUGAGCCCUGGGGUCCCGCCAGAGACAUGGCAGUGGACACAGAUCAGGCCUGUCCCUGCAGCAUGCACAGGCAGCAGSAGGGAGCAGUGUGCAGCUCCCAGCUGCAGGUGCUGGGCCUGACCAGCCAACCCCACUGCUCCUCAAUCCCUGCCCAAAUCCCUGUCUCCCUGGGAUGCAGCAGUGCGGAGGGGCAGCCCAGCCCCAGUGCCCAGGAGGGUGGUGGGACCCUGCACUUAGCACUGAAGCACUAUGGGCAGAGCACUGAGGCACUGCYCACCCCACACUUACCUGGCUCUCCAGGACUCCCCUGCUGCCUUCCCCAGCCCAUGGGCUGCACCACUGAAGGCUUGGCCCAAGGGAAGUGAUCUCAGGCAGCAGAUGCAUUUGUAAAGUUUGGGGGAUUGAGUUUGGUUUUUUUUCUUUUCUUCCUGGUUUUUGUUUUCGUGGGUUUUUUGUGAGUGCUAUUUAAUACUUUUCACUGCUAACAACAGCCCKUGGAGCAGCACUGGCCCUGCUGGGGCAGAGGGGCUGCUUCAAUUCCAUGGGACACAGCCACAGCACCUUCUCCUGAAGCCACACACAGGUCAUGCACACUCAGCCCCACACACCCAUCUCUGCCUCGCCAACACUGACAGCCACCCCACAGGCAGUGGGGGAACAUGCCACUUGCUCCAAACACUGAGUGCAGCCAAGUGCUGCCAUUCCCAAGCAUCUGUGGAGCUCUGCUCACUGAUCCAGGUUUGUGAGCCGAGCCCCAGGCCAGAGCUGAGCYCAGGAGCUCCAGCACACUGGUGCUCAGCUGGGAUGAGCCGCCAGCAGAGCAUCAGCCUUGCAUAAUGACUUCAGCAUGUUGUUACAUUAUUUUUUCCCCCUUGCAGUUCGCACAGAAGAUGAUGGGCUUUAGUUUGCCAGCCUUUCCUUCAUGGUCUGAGCACUGACUGGCUCACGUGGGGUUUUUAAUUAUUAUUAUUAUUACUAUUCGUGUAUGUGUGUGGCUGUUAGGAAAUACAGGUUGAUCCUGCAGCAAGACAAACAGCUCCAGGGGCAGUGAGGAGGAGGAUGAGGAGCAAUACACCCCUGUGAAGUAUGUGCCUUGCAACACCAUGGAAAAGCUUUGUCCUUUGCCACGUCCUCGGCGCAGGCUGCGCAGGCCCCCUGUCCUGUGGAUGCUCGCAGUGCUGGGAAGCAGCCGGGCUCGCCUGGSUUUGGCUGCGCUCCUUGCACCGGUUCAUUUUCCUGGCCCCGGCCCCACCUGACUGUGGGCCAGCUCACACAAUAGUCAAAAAUAAAAACCCCAGCGGUGCCCCAGCCCGAGGCACGCGGCUCCCCCGCAGCCAUGGGCAGGGGAGGCUGGCUGCUCUCGGGGGCAUUUGCUGCCAUGGAGCUGGGGACGGGACCGGAGGUGGCAGCUGGGCUUGGCACAGCCUGGCACCUUGGGAAGGGCUGCUGCUCGGCACUGCUGUGGCACCACAUCCUCAGCUAGUUCCCCUGGGCUCUGGUGGUGGAGAGCAUCUCUCAUCCUGUGUAAUUCUGUUCUCUGUGUCCCUAGUACUGAAGGCAAUAAAAUCCUUCUUUUAUUUAUUAUUAAUA